GAGCACUGUUUCUUUCUACAGUGUUCUGAGUCACAAACACCCGCAAUUCACUGUUCAUAAGCACCAACCAAUCUGAGCCAUCUAUUGUUCCUUCACUUUCAACCUCCCGAUUAUUCUCCUCCUCUCUUGUGUCCUCUCCGAACCCUUCUUUCUCUGUCUUUGGUUUUUCCUCCACACAACCGCCAACAUCAAUUUCUCUCUCCUCUUUCUCUUCGUCUUUGAAUUUCUUUAUUCAAUUUCUAGGGUUUCAUCUGGUAAGAAUUUUACCUUCUCUCUCAAGAAGACUUCAAUUUCACCGACAAUCGCAGAUGCCUGGGGUUUUGUUUUGGCAGGCCAUGAAGGAAGCAAUUCUCUACUAGGAUGUAAUUGGGCUUUGAAGAAACCUCACAUAAUUCUCAUGGAUUUCAUAAAUCGAAACUCGAAUUUCCGAAAAAUCGAAGUUGAUGAGUCACUGAAGCAGACUUUUCAGAAUAUGCAUCAGGGGUACCCAACUGAGACUCUUACUCAGUUUCUUAGAGCUAGGGAAUGGAAUGUUGACAAGGCACACAAAAUGUUGGUUGACGCUUUGAAUUGGAGGGUACAAAAUGAGAUUGACAAUAAAUUAACAGUAAGUGGAAGCUUAUGAUUUUCGCUCUAGCUACUGCCCAUGAGACAUGUCAUACAACUCAUGGGUAAUGAUGAAUAUCAUCACUCUUUGCAUUUUGAUGGAUAGCAUUUUCGGUUAUUGUUUGGAGAUUGAUUUGAAUUUACAAUUUGUGCCUGAUUUUUUUUUGCUGUUCUAGAUGCUACUAAAUAUGAUAUACUUCUUGAUGCUUGAUCUUAAAAAGUGGUAGGUACGUUAUCUAAAAAAGCAAGUUAAAAGUGUCUUUGUUAGAUGUCUAUCUGUAUUCAAUCACACUCUAGGCAUUUCGGGGGGCUCUUCUUUUUCAAAUCAAAAACCCAUUAAAAUUCUCAGCCGACCAACAAAAACCACAAUCUCAAUUUUUUAUUCUAUUAUUUCUUUCUUUUUCUGGGUUUUUUUUAGAUUACAUUUCUUUUUUGUGGAUAUACCUUUGCUCUUUGCCUACGCAAUCUUCUUACAAUUAUUUCUUAAACAAGAAAACCCAGUUUCAUAAUCUAGAGAAAAAAGAGUCAAACUUUAAAACCCAACAAGAUUUUUGCUGGAAUCAAAUCUGCAAGAAUACAGAUUGUGUUUAUAUUGG